UUCAAAACCUUCUCUUCUAUCUUCUGUUCGAAAGCAAAAGCAAAAGCAAAAAAAAAAACCCCUCAAACUCAAAACUAUUGCAGAUCAAAAUCCAAAUGUCCAAAAAAAACCAAUCGUCUUCUUCAUUCAGACCCAAGUUCUCGCUUCCAAUCUUUCCUACUCUACAACUAAAUUUUGAUGCACCCGUACCCGUAAUUAUUCCUCCUCGAUCCGACCCGUGUUUGUUAAACCCUAAUCCGUACAAUGAUCAAGUGUUGGAGACGACAUCUUUAACAGAUAUCGACCCUUGUGUGGUAGCUUGGAGAGGAAGCGUCGCAAAUAAAGUUGAUUUGACUGCAGAUGAACAUGCAGGUGUAAGUUUAAGUGAACCUGCAACAAUGGGGUCCACAGCUCUAGAGACGAUGGAUGAUGUAACUUGGAACAGUGACAAGGUAUUAAAUAAACAUAUGGAAGAAAAUAUACUUUUAAAGAAUACACAAAAUGUCAUCAUUAAUCAAGAACCCGAGACGACGAAGAAGAAGAAGAACCCGGAUUUAGAGAAUGUUACCCAAAUAGUUUCAAUGGUCAUCGAGCAAGAAACACCAUCAUCAUCCGUUGCAACCGACAUGUUGGACCAAGUAUCAGAGAAAAAGAAACAAGAUUUAUCGCAAAAAGAAGUCGCGACUAAGUCACUGUUCGCCUGCGACUAUCCUAAGUCAUUGUUUGUUUGCGACAUUCCUGAACCGGGACGCGAGUAUCAGAAAAUAGCUACAGUUGAGGUGGACCAAUCUUUGUUUAAGAAGCCCACAUCAGUAAAAAUGACCCCUGUUCAGCCUUCUAACUGUGGUACACAAAACAGGCCCACUAAACUUAGUGUCCACCAACCCAACUGGUGUGAUAUUUGUAAAGUCAGUUGUAGUGGUGACAACACUUUUGACAAACACAUUGUGGGUAUACAACACCAAAAAAACCUUAAAAUUUCAGAAAAAACACCAACCCCACCACUGACCACCUUUGUCACUCCAAUGGACACAACACCAAUAACAAAAAUCAUGGAAGAAUCGAAGAAGUCGGUGAUUGUUAACGGUAAGAAUACAUGGUGUGAAAUUUGUAAGGUAAGUUGUCCCACCAAUGAGUAUAACAGACAUGCAUCAGGAAAGAAGCAUGUAAAGAACCUUCAAAAGUUAGAGAAGAUACAGACUUUACCCUCAACGGUUAUCCAGUCGGUGACCACACCCCUUGCAAUACCGAAUUUACCCUCAGCGGUUAUCCAGUCGGUGACCACACCCGUUGGAGAAACACUGAAGUUGACCAGGGGCGAAGUUGUCAAUCCAAAUGACGGUAACUCUAUAAGCUGUCAACUUUGUGGAGUUUAUGGCAUCACCCGUGAUGUGCUUAGCAGACACAUUUCAGGAAAGAGACAUCAAAAGAAGUUAAAGAAAACUGAACAACAAUCUGUUUCUAGUCCUCCCCCUGUGCCCAAAACACCGUUGCUGGAGCCGAUGAUUGAAGAGGGCGAAAUAGUCUUUUUCGAGGGGAGUAAAAGGAAGACUAAUGACUCAUUGUCAAGUGAGGAGGAUGCUGAUACAAAGAGGCUGAAGAUGAAUGAAGAGGAAGUUGCAUGUGGUGUUGUGGUUACUUGUAAAGUGUGCAAUGUGGGCUGUAAUGGCUUGAUGGCAUUCAAAACUCAUACUGCAAGCAUUGAGCAUUCAGCAAUGCUACUGAAACUGGCCAAAGGUGGAUCAAAUGUGUUACAAAUAUGAAACCUUAUUCUCUGUUAACAGUUUCAGUUAGAUUUCAAAUUUUAAACAUAUUUUAUUAGCUA